AUGGCUGACGAAAACGAACAACUGUGGAAAAUGGCUUUGGAAGAAGCUAAAACGCAAUUUGAGAUAGACAAUUUUAUGGAGGAACAAAAGGAAGCAAUAAAAGCCUUCUUUCAGAAUAAAAAUGUGCUUGUUAAUUUACCAACUGGCUUCGGGAAGUCGCUAAUUUAUCAGUGCCUAACUAUUGUCGGCGAUGUCCUACACAAAAAGCCUCGUGGUUCGAGUGUUAUUGUGGUAAUUUCACCUUUGCGAUCGUUGAUGAAUGAUCAGGUAGCUUACUUGCAGAGUGUGGGAGUUCCUGCUAUAGCAAUUACGGAUGAAGAAGAUCCUGAAACUGUCGAACAGGUUAUGAACGGUAUCUACAUAGUUAUUUAUGGUUCCCCUGAAUGCCUGUUAUCUAUGUCAACAUGGAGAGGAAUAUUUCAGUGCGAAAGCUUCAGAAAGAUGUUGAUUGGUGUGGCUAUUGAUGAGGCUCAUUGCAUAGUUCAGUGGUAA